AUGUCGGCGAAGUCAACACGAGGGCCUGGCGGCAAGAAACCUGCCUCAGCGGCCACCAACUUGAUAGCUGGUGGUGCAGCUGGAAUGAUGGAGGCCCUCGCGUGUCAUCCUCUAGAUACUAUCAAAGUCCGAAUGCAGCUCUCAAGGCGAGCUCGCGCCCCCGGUGCUCCGAAGCGCGGGUUUCUCAGGACUGGCUCUGAAAUUGUAAAGAGAGAGACAGCAUUGGGACUCUACAAGGGUCUUGGUGCUGUGCUCACAGGCAUUGUCCCCAAGAUGGCUAUACGGUUCACAAGCUACGAAUGGUACAAGCAAUUAUUGGCGGACCAGGAAGGGAACGUAACUUCAAAAUCUACAUUCAUGGCUGGCCUCGCCGCCGGUAUUACCGAAGCCGUCCUUGUCGUUACACCCAUGGAAGUCGUAAAGAUUCGGUUACAAGCGCAACAUCACUCGAUGGCCGACCCCCUCGAUAUUCCCAAGUACCGAAACGCCGCGCAUGCCUUGUAUACUGUGGUAAAAGAAGAGGGUGCUGGAGCUCUAUGGCGUGGUGUCUCACUCACAGCCUUGCGCCAGGGAACAAAUCAAGCGGCAAACUUCACCGCAUAUUCCGAGCUAAGAGCUCUUCUCCAAAAGUACCACGGAACAAAUGAUCUACCUGGUUACGAAACUUCAUUGAUCGGCCUGAUAUCUGGUGCUAUGGGACCGUUCAGCAAUGCGCCUAUCGAUACGAUUAAGACGAGGUUGCAGAAGAUGCCUGCCGAGCCGGGACAGAGUGCUAUCCAGAGGAUAACGGUUAUUGCGAGCGACAUGUGGAAACAAGAAGGCGUUAGGAGUUUCUACAAGGGUAUCACGCCCCGUGUAAUGCGUGUUGCUCCCGGUCAAGCCGUCACUUUCACCGUGUACGAGUACUUGAAGGGUGUGCUAGAGAAGAAUAGAGAAAUGCUGCCCGGUGGACAGUACGAGGAAUAA